GGGACAUUAGGGGUGAGUGCCCUGGUUCAGGAGGAGAAAGUGAUGAACUUCAGAAACCUGGAAAGGAAGGGGACGGUUGGAAAGGAGGAUGGGGCAGAGGUGAACCCGGGACAAGAAAAGGGGGUGCGGGACUUCACCUCCCCCAACAGAAACAGGCCGGUGUACCGCCGCCGGGACUCUCUGUUGCCCCUGAAAUGGAAAGUUGCACACACUUCCCGCUGGAAGGCGCAGGUGCUGGCCUCCGUGCUCAGCCUGAUUGCCUUCACCCUGAUGCUGAUCAUGUCCUUCUCUAAGACGUGGCUGUACCUCUCCACCAUCCGCUUCUUCCAGCGCUGGCCUGAGGACGUCAGACAGAGCAUCUACUCCUCUGCCCAAAUCAUGUCCCUGGGGCCCCUGCAGAACUGCAUAUUCCAGACCUGUUCCUACUCAGAGGAGGAGGAAGACAAUUUGGAUCUGUGGAUAGAUCACCCGUUCUUUGGAGUGGCCAAGAUCACCUUCAGCCUGUCCCUGGCGCUGGGCUUCCUCUAUACCGUCUGGUUGUACCUGCCAUACAUCCCUGGUCUUCAGAGAGUGCCCUUCUUUGGCUGGAUUGGGUGUAUCAUAAGCUUCUCUGAAGUUGCCUUCCUUUUCUCCAGCCUCCUGUUGUUUCCGAUUGAUGUCUGGCUCUUCGAGGUGAAGGAGAAUUUUUCAAUCCACAUCGGGUGGAGCUAUUUUAUUGGUUGGGUGGUGUUUAUCAUAUAUCUCUUCUGUGCGUUCCUCUGCUACUUCAACAACAACAAAUUCUGGAAUCUGAUUAUCAGCAGUACCACUAGCAUCAUAUCCUACGGCAGCAGCAGGUCAGGCUCUCUGAUCAUAGGGUCUUAAACAUCUCUGUCAACUGGGAAGAAGCCCGGGAUCUGAACAAGUAAUUCCACGAAAACAUUGUUUCCCAUCAUCGAAGGAGCUCCAUCUGUAGCUACAGAAGUUAAUUUUGAGAGAGGUAGAUUGUAUAUUUGCAGAAGUUUAAAAACACAAUUAAAUAUAUCUUGUCCUGUA